UCCAGAUCCUCUCUCAGAUUUCACUCCCAACCCCAAAGGUGAGUGGCGGAGUUGGGUUUCGGGGUUUGGAAGUUGAAAACCUAUUUGGUCGAGAAGAUUACUUCGUUUUUGGUUUUGGGGAAGUGAAUUUCAUUAUGAGUAACGAUAAUUCAGCAGAUGGGUCUUGCAAAACCCGUUCGGCUCUUGGUGAUUUGACCAAUCGGCCUCUUAAAAGGGGGUUUUUGAAGAUUUCAGCUGAUUUGGAUGCGAAAUCUGGAGAUGGGAAUGGGGGAAAUGUGGGUUCUAGAGAUGGGGGUUUGUGGAAGUUCGCAAAGAAAGUGUCUUUGGGGGAUGAGAAUUUUGUUGGAGAGAAGUUGGGGGACGAUUGUGACCCUAAAGGUGUGUCUUCAUCGAAGGGGAUAGUGCCGGAUCCUGUGAUUUCACCCACUUGCAGUGCGGGGGAUUCGACGAAUGACAACAAUGCAUCUGUUAUUGUGCUUGAUGAUGACAUUGGAGAGAAGUCCAGUGACAGUGUUAUGGAAGUUGGUGAUGCGUCGAGAGAUAAUUGCUUGUCGGUUGCUUCAAUGUCCACAUGCUCAGAGCUGUGCAAGAAUGGCUGCUGCGAUGGCGGUGGGAAAUGUCAGUAUGAGAAAGCGGGACAGACCUCUGACGAUGCUCAGAGCACUCCUAUGUUAGGCAAUGUUGUUCCCAGGAAUGAUGAAAGGGACCCUGGUCUUGGUAAAGUAGGUGCAACUGCAUAUGGCUCUACCGAGUGGUCUAAGAUGCCUACCUCACUGGGAUGUUCAAUGGCAAGAUGCACAAGUCUUAGUGGUGUGGCUGAUUUGAAUGUAGGGGAUGACUCUCUCAAUGAUUGCUCGUGUUCAUUUUGCUUGCAAGCUGCUCACAUUCUGUCGGACCUCCAAUACCAGGAUAUAAAGGGUCGUAUUACUGCUUUGAAGAAGAGUCAAAAAGAAGCAGGCAUAUUGGUUCAGAAAAGUUUCAGGGAAAAGGAGAUUGAUCCUAAGGGACCACGGUACCCAAACAAAACAUCUAAACUGGAAUCUGAUCUCUCAAGUCAGUGGAGAUCCCUCUUUCUUCACAUGGAAGAUAUCUUCGUAAAUGAAGGCAACCACCUUCACGACAAGUUUGUCACGCUAAAAGAUUUGAGAGACAACUGCAAGAUGGAACUGGAAACGGCUAUCGGAGUGCCCUCAGAGAGACUGUAGUGUGUUUUCGAUGACUGUUCUAUUGUAAGAUUGUUGUUAGUUUCUGCCUACUUGCGGUGCAUGUGCACACUCUUGUAUUGUUGUUUCAAAAAGUUUCAUCACCAGUUUUCUUAAUAAGCUGUAAUCUUUUAGAAGAUUUAUGUAAUAUCACUCUCACCAUGUUGUUGCAUGGACAUAAUAUCCCUUAAUUGAAGAAUGAUAAAGUUCAUCUUUUAUAUACUUUC